CGCCAUGAAUUGUACGGUGGGGGGCUGCUCCUUUGACUCGUCUGCCAGUCUGCGUUUCCUGGCGUUCCGAGCACACAGGACAUUUUUACAAUAGUGUAACGUCAAUCAAACAAAGUGAUUCUCGAAAUUUCUGGUGCAACAUGCGAGCACGAAGGUAUUAUAUAAUACUCGUAGAAUGUGGAUAGCCGUGACAGGAAUGGGAAACAAGCCGAAGAAAUUUCUCCACACGUGCUCAAAUCGAGGGAAUGAGAUCUGCUGGUUGCAUCCAGGAAAUAGACCAGCUUCCUUACCACACUCGUUGUGACGAGAAACAAACCUAAUCUCUUUGUUUGUUUGAGUGGUAACCUCCUUUCGCCCGAUGCAAUUGCCACGCCGAUUCGAGUUUGACAACAACAGCAACAAAAUAUGACUUUGCACCUGGACAACUGCGAUGGCACAAUACACGGCAGCAGGUGCGGUGACAUUGGUGGGCGGCAUCAUUUGCAUCAGUCUAAGCGACCGUUGCCACCGCAUCCCAUUAUGUUCAUCGCGUUCCUACUCUUCGCCAUCGCAUCUGCACAGCCUCCGGCAGCCGGUUCUGCGAAACGGGAGGUGAUAGAAGACGGACAGUCUUUGCCGACGAAGAACGACGGAUGGCAGUUAUUGGCCAGCGGCGCGGAGACGGAGCGGAGCAGUCGAUUACCAUCUGACAUGGUUGAUAUGGUCGGUCCACUAACUGAGGGUCGACGGACUCGACAAAUGGCAUCAACAAGGAAAGGACAACAAUUGCGAAGACGAGGUCGUCAAACAGCGCCAGUCGUGUCAUCAAGUCGCAGCGACCAGGCCGAUAUUGGGACGAUAAUGCUGGAUGCCAAGUACCCUUUAGCGGGUUUUGACGACGAUCACUUUGACGAUAGCAGAGGCAUCGGUGCGUUAAGUGCGUUGGACGAGUCGGAAAUUGGCCGACGACUAGCAGCCGGAUCGUUGCAGGACGCGACGACAGCCAGUGCGCAUUUAGCGAAUAGAGAGGAAACAAGCGAAUCGGAAGCCGCCUUCUCCGGGGCACUGGAAACCAACGUGACAGCCAGUCUCGGGCAAACUGCAUUUCUACGAUGUCGACUCAAGAAUUCACAGCAUCAAGUGACUUGGAUUCGCAUCAGAGAUUGGCACAUUCUGACCUCAGGUGUGCUGACUUACACGGCCGACGCCCGCUUUCGUGUCAAGCACAGCGAAACCGAGGCCUCCGAAUGGACGUUGGAAAUCAAAUUUCUACAGAAACGAGACGAAGGCACCUACUAUUGUCAGAUACCGACGAGAACGGGCGCAGCAGUGCACGCCUUCCACUUGCACAUCGCCAGUCCUCAGGCCGUCAUCCUGGGGGGCCAAGUCUCUCACGUCGACAUCCUCACGCCUUCGCUGACGCUCGUCUGCAUCGUUGACAAUACUCCCGAUCCGCCUCAAGUGAUUUUCUGGUAUCACAAUGGCACUCUGCUGACGGACGGUAAAUAUCCGGAGGCGGGUGCAGCUGGAGGAGGUUCUGGAUUGAUCAGCUCUCACCUAACGUUGACACCUUCGAGGACCAUGUCUAUGCUGACGCUCCAUCACAUCCAGCACAUCCACUCGGGCAACUACACGUGCCGAGCUCCGAACGCCGAUCCCGACACGACCCAACUUUUCGUAACACAACGUCACGAACAGGCGGCAGUGCAUCGAUCGAGUUGUGCCAGACGGCUGUCGUCGACGUCAUGGAUGAUCGUGAUCGCCGCUCUCAUCGGUCAUGUCUUGAUGAUCCGGCGGAAAGAUCUCAAAGUAGUAGACUAGAUUUAGUUGUUUUUUCAAUCCUACCAUGAAAAGGUGUAAAAAAAAAAGAAAUACAAACCAAACAAAUCUUUGUCUGUGUACAUAUUCUGUGUGUCUCAUUACAGUGUAAUCAUUCCAACCGACCCAACUGUCUUUAAUUUUCCAUGUCUCUUUCAUAUUCCUUUUAAUUUACAAAUCUUUUCGUGUGUGUGUGUGUGUGUGUCUUAAUGAAAUGCUCCGUAUUGGGUUCUUUAUGUACGAGAAUACGUGCUGAACAUAUACAUAACAUGAUAUUUAUAUAUACAUAUAAACAAUGAUGGCGAUAAUAUAUCAUGCCCGCGACGGUUUCAACUA